AUGGGGACGUUGUCGCUGGACAUGUUAUUCUUUCGGCGGCUGGGCACUCUUCUAAAGCUCUUGUUCCCAAUUAAUCGUCGAUCGAGGACAACCUGGCUAGCCCUGGUCGUGCUCAUCACGUCGUUUACAGACCAAGCAGCAACGUAUUUCGUCGGUAUACUUCCAAGCCAGUUCUACGUGGUUCUUGGGAACAGGGAUAUAUCAGCAUUUCACUUAUUGUGUGCGAAAUCCGUUCUUAUAGUAAUCGCAAAAUCUCUGACGUUGGCAUCCAUCAAGUAUUUUACGUCUAUUCUUGCGAUUAGAUGCCGUGAGAUUUGCAGUUACACGUUACAUAGGUUAUAUUUUAAACGACGAGCUUUUUACAAGCUGAAUUUAUAUUCUGAAAAUUUGGACAAUAUCGAUCAACGACUUACCCAGGAUAUAGAGAAAACUACUCAGGUGUUAGCCUGUGAUUUGUUAGCUCCAGUCAUUACUGCUCCAUUCAUUAUUUUGUAUUAUACUUACCUUACUUGGAUAAGCUCGGGAUGGUUGGGACCGUUUGCUGUUUAUGUAUAUUUUACAUUUGUUACUUUGGUAAAUCGCUAUCUAAUAGCACCUCUUGUUGGUCUAGUCAAUGAAACAGAGAGGAAGGAAGGAGACUUUCGACAACGACACAUGGAGGUGAGGACAAAUGUGGAAUCGAUCGCAUUUUACCAGUCAGGUCUCAUUGAGAAUAUAAUGACAAAUCAAAAGCUCAAGGCCCUGUUAAGAAUAAAGCGGAAACUUGUUGAAUGGCGUUUCAUACUUGGCAUUGUUACCAACAUGUUCGAUUAUUUUGGUGGUACCCUUUCCUACCUAAUCAUAGGAAUUCCUAUAUUCAUGACCCAUGCUUAUGAUUCGAUGUCGGGUACUGAGAUCAACGGGAUGGUGUCAAUGGUGAGAUUUUUUCGGUAUUUUGCUUCUCUUUCUUUUGUGGUGCGACUUUGA